AUGGACUGUGGGCCACCUCCCACCCUCCAGUCCCAUCUGGCUGGGCCACCUGGCACUGCCCACCACCCAGUAGCUGUGUGCCAGCAGGAGAGUCUGUCCUUUGCGGAGUUGCCCACCCUGCAGCCCCCAAGCCCUGUGUGUCUGGAUCUCUUCCCCGUCGCUCCAGAGGAGCUGCAGGCACCUGGCAGCCGCUGGUCUCUGGGGACCCCUGCUCCUUUCCAAGGGCUGCUAUGGCCACCAUCCCCAGGAGGCCCAGACACCGAGAUCUCUACCAGUGGGGGAAUGCGGCCCAGCAGGGCUGGCAGCUGGCCACACUGUCCUAGUGCCCAGUCCCCAGCUCUGGAGGGACCCUGGAGCUCCCAGCACCUACAGCCACAGCGCCGGGCCAGCCACGGCUCGGAAAAGAAGUCAGCCUGGCGCAAGAUGCGGGUGUACCAGCAAGAAGAGGCCCUUGGGAGCCCUGAGGCCCAUGCUGUCUUCCUAGAGCCAAGCCAGGCGACAGAACAGGCCCUGAGCACAGCAGCGCCUAGGCCGCUGGAGCUGCCUGGGCCCACCCGAGUGGGCCUCGAGGGGCCUGAGCGGAGGCGCUUCUCAGCCUCUGAGCUGAUGACCCGGUUGCACUCUUCCCUACGCCUGGGACGGAAUUCAGCAGCCAGGGCACUGACCCCAGGGUCAGGCCCCGGAGCUGCCCGGGAAGGGAAAGCAUCUGGAAGAGAGUCGCGCACUGUAGAGAUGCGGGUGGACGCUAUGGCGAUGCCGGCUCUUGUUGACCUGAGCGGGGGCCAUGGUAGCUGGCCCGAGCCCAGGCUAGAUGCGCAGGAAGAGCCGGCUCCGGGUUCCAGAAGCGCCAGCGAGCGGCGCCAGUCACGGUUCCUCCUUAACUCGGUCCUCUACCAGGAAUAUAGCGACGUGGCCAGCGCCCGCGAACUGCGGCGGCAGCAGCGCGAGGAGGAGGGUCCGGGGGACGAGGCCGAGGGCGCGGAGGAGGGGCCCGGGCCGCCGCGCGCCAACCUCUCCCCGAGCAGCUCCUUCCGGGCGCAGCGCUCGGCGCGAGGCUCCACCUUCUCGCUGUGGCAAGACAUCCCCGACGUGCGCGGCAGCGGCGUCCUGGCUACGCUGAGCCUGCGCGACUGUAAACUGCAGGAGGCCAAAUUUGAGCUGAUUACGUCCGAGGCCUCAUACAUCCACAGCCUGUCGGUGGCCGUGGGACACUUCUUAGGCUCGACCGAGCUGAGUGAGUGUCUGGGGGUGCAGGACAAGCAGUGGCUGUUCUCCAAACUGCCCGAGGUCAAGAGCACCAGCGAGAGGUUCCUACAGGACCUGGAGCAGCGGUUGGAGGCCGAUGUUCUGCGCUUCAGCGUGUGCGAUAUUGUGUUGUACCACUGUCCGGCCUUCCGCCGCGUCUACCUGCCCUAUGUCACCAACCAGGCCUAUCAGGAGCGCACCUACCAGCGGCUGCUCCUGGAGAACCCCAAGUUCCCCAGCAUCCUGGCUCGCCUGGAGGAGUCUCCCGUGUGCCAGCGUCUGCCCCUCACCUCCUUCCUCAUCCUGCCGUUUCAGAGGAUCACCCGCCUCAAGAUGCUGGUGGAGAACAUCCUGAAGCGGACAGCACAGGGUUCAGAAGACGAAGACAUGGCCACCAAGGCCUUCAAUGCACUCAAGGAGCUGGUGCAAGAGUGCAAUGCCAGUGUGCAGUCCAUGAAGAGGACAGAGGAGCUCAUCCACCUGAGCAAGAAGAUCCACUUUGAGGGCAAGAUCUUCCCGCUGAUCUCGCAGGCCCGCUGGCUGGUUCGGCACGGGGAGCUGGUGGAGCUGGCCCCACUGCCCGCAGCACCCCCUGCCAAGCUGAAGCUGUCCAGCAAGGCGGUCUACCUGCACCUCUUCAAUGACUGCCUGCUUCUCUCCCGGAGGAAGGAGCUGGGGAAAUUCGCUGUCUUCGUCCACGCCAAGAUGGCUGAGCUGCAGGUGAAGGACCUGAGCCUGAAGCCCCAGGGCAUCCCUGGCCAUGUGUUCCUCCUUCAGCUCCUCCAUGGGCAGCACACGAAGCACCAGUUCCUAUUGAGGGCCCGGACAGAAAGCGAGAAGCAGCGAUGGAUCUCAGCCAUGUGCCCCUCUACCCCCCAGGAGGACAGGGAGGUCAUCAGCGAGGGGGAAGACCGCCCCCAGGUUCAGUGUGUCAGGACAUACAAGGCACUGCAGCCAGACGAGCUGAACUUGGAGAAGACUGACAUCCUGGCAGUGAGGACCCGGACCAGUGAUGGCUGGCUGGAGGGCGUCCGCCUGGCAGAUGGUGAGAAAGGGUGGGUGCCCCAGGCCUACGUGGAAGAGAUCAGCAGCCUCAGUGCCCGCCUCCGAAACCUCCGGGAAAAUAAGCGGAUCACAAGUGCCACCAGCAAACUGGGGGAGCCCCCCGUGUGA